AUGCGCCCGAGACCAAUUCAUUCCAUUGGCUGGUUCAGCCAGAGAGCCUCUUAUCUAAUCUGGAAUCCAUCUCCUUGCUCCAAACGACACAUACUCAAACACGCGACGACGCAAGGCGCGAUAUCCCCCAUCACCAUGGACACUUCCCUCGACAAGACGACGCUCUCAACAAUAUCCCUCCUCGAAUCGCGUCUACUACGCAUCGAGCACCUCCUAUACGGCCCAACGGCACCCUCACACUCCUCCCAGACAGAAUCAGCAGUCGAUACCCUAGAAGAUCUCGAGCGCCGCUUCAACCACCUCCUCUCCCGCAUACGCGUAUACGGUGAAUUGAUGAAGAUCUACAACUCCCAACCAACCCUCUUCCAACCCCCGCCGCCCUCCGAGCCGCCAAUCCACCUCGCCCCAGAAGCAAUCCAAGCCACCGUCCUCGCCUCCGCUGCCGCCUUCCCGGCAACAGCCUCGUCCCUGACCUCCGUCAACGACUGCCCCAUCCCCGAAUCAUCCCAGAGCGCGGCCCUCGCCUCCCUCAUGCCCAGACUGCGCGGUAUCGAAGCGACGCAGAUUGCCCAGGAGGCCGAGAUGGCCGAGCUGCGCGCCCGGAGUGAGGACGUCCUCCAGGCAUGGUACCAGCAGGGCGUUUUGGGCGUCUCCGACUUCGUUGCCGAUGUCGAAGGCCGGGUGGAGAUGAUUGAGCGCCGGGUGCGGAGAGCCGAACGAGAGAAGGAGGCCGCGGCAGCCCUUUGA